UAAUGAGCUACAAAUAAUAAAAAGAUGUGGAAGCACAAUUUCAAUCUUAAUUAACUAUAGAUGACUUGACCGAUUUAUUCAAGCUGAACUCAAUCAAUGAGGGUAUAAGCAUGUAAAAGGUAAAAUAAUAUGGAGAUGAUGUUGGUAUUGCAAGGAAAUUAAAUACAGAUUUAAAAGUAAUCAUAAUUAGUAUAUGAUAAGAAAGGAUUUUCAGAUAAGGGUGCAAUAGAGAAGUCAAAACAAGUGUAUGGAGACAAUACACCAGUUGAAAAAGAGCCAACAACAUUAUGUGAAUUGAUUAUGGAAUGUUUGGGAGAUACUAUGCUACAGAUUUUAUUAAUAGCUGCUCUGGUUUCAACUGUGAUUGGUAUGAUCAAUGAAGGAGUAAAAACAGGAUGGACUGAAGGGUAAUAGAUUGUAUAAUAUAUAUUAGUGCAACGAUAUUUUUUGCAAUAUUCUUGAUCAUUUCAAUAACAGCAGGAAAUAAUUAUCUUAAGGAGAGACAGUUUAGAUAAUUACGUAGAAAAUUAGAUGAUGGAAAAUGUUAAGUAAUUAGAGAAGGUAAAGUAACAGAAAUACAAACAAAGGAUAUAGUCGUUGGAGAUUUGUUAAUUUUCAAUUUAGGUGAUUUGUUUGUUGUAGAUGGUAAUAGAGUGUAUCAAAUUAAAUAGGCAUGAUGGUUUAAGGAAGUGCAGUGAAAAUUGAUGAAUCACCUAUGACAGGUGAGAGUGAUGAGAUAAAGAAGUUACCAUAUAAUGAGAUGGCAUAAUAAUAACACAAUUAAUUAAAUGUAAAUCAAGAAGCAGCUAGAGGACAUGUAAGUCCGUUUUUAAUAUCAGGAACGAAAUGUCUUGAUGGAACAGGACAAAUGAUUGUAUUAGCAGGUAAAGAAAAUAUAUAAAUAUAAAAAGUUGGUUAGAAUACAGUUUCUGGAAAGUUAAAACAACUGUUAAUACAAGAGAAUCCUCCAACUCCAUUAUAACAAAAAUUAGAAGGGGUUGCUUCAGAUAUAGGUAAAUUGGGAGUAGUUGUGUCCAUUUUAACAUUUAUUGCUUUGAUGGGACAUUUAGGUUAUGAUUGUUAUUUAGGUAAGUUUCCAUUUCUGAGUAUUAAGACAUUACAAAUCUUAGUGGAAUCUUUCAUGAUAUCCGUUACAAUCAUUGUUGUGGCAGUACCUGAAGGAUUACCAUUAGCUGUAACGAUUGCAUUAGCAUAUUCAGUUGGUAAAAUGAAAGAUGAAUAGAAUUUGGUUAAGAAUUUAUCAUCAUGUGAAAUAAUGGGUGGAGCAAAUAAUAUUUGUAGCGACAAAACAGGAACUUUAACAUAAAAUAUAAUGUAAGUUGUAGCAUUAUGGACUGAAUAAGAAAUAUUUAAAGAUUAAGUUCAUACUAAUAAAAAUAAAAUCAAGAAGGAAACAAUUGAAUUCAUGUGUGAAAGUAUAUGUUAUAAUUCAAAUGCAUUUCCAGAGAAGGAUCCAUAAACAAAUAAAUGGAUCCAAAUAGGAAAUAAGACAGAAUGUGCUUUAUUAGAAUGUUCAGAUAAUUUUGGAUAUAAUUUUAAUCAAUUCAGACCAAGUGAUAAGGUAUUAAGGUAGAUUCCAUUCAACAGUAAAAGAAAGAAGAUGAGUACAGUAAUUUACAAUUAGAAAUCAUAAUAUAUUAGAGUCUAUACUAAAGGUGCCUCAGAAAUAGUAUUGUCAUAAUGUAGCAAAUACAUCGGAAAAAAUGGUAUUGAAUAGUUGUUGGAACCAUAAUUGAAAAAGAAUAUUUAUGAUAAUAUUAUCCAAAAAUUUGCCUCAGAUUCUUUAAGAACAAUAGCCAUUGCUUAUCGAGAUCUUGAUCCUUAAUCACAUGGAUCAAAUGUUAGAGGAUAGAUUUCAUAAUUGACUAAAAUAGCAUAAAAUAUUCCUGAAGAUGAUUUAGAUAAAGAUUUAGUGUUGAUAGCUAUUGCAGGCAUAAAAGAUCCAAUUAGACCUGAUGUACCUAAUUCAAUUAAAUAAUGCCAUGCCUCUGGUGUAAAAGUGAGAAUGGUUACAGGAGAUAACAUUCUUACUGCAACUGCUAUUGCUAAAGAAUGUGGAAUACUACCAACAAAUAGAGAAAUAAGUGAAUGGGAAGUAGUAGAAGGUAAAAAGUUUAGAGAAUUUGUUGGAGGAUUAAAGGAUGAAAUUGUUGAUGGAAAAACAGUGAAAGUUGUAGGUAAUAAGGAAAAUUUUGCCAGAGUUAGUAGGGAUAUGAAAGUCAUGGCUAGAGCAUCUCCAGAAGAUAAAUAUAUUUUGGUUACAGGUUUGAUUGCUGAAGGAAAUGUUAUUGCUGUCACAGGAGAUGGUACAAAUGAUGCUCCAGCUUUAAAGAAAGCAGAUGUUGGAUUUGCUAUGGGUAUUACAGGAUCUGAUGUUGCCAAAGAUGCUGCAGAUAUCAUUUUAUUAGAUGAUAAUUUUAGUUCCAUUAUUACAGGUAUUAUAAUUUACUAAUUUAGCUAUGAAAUGGGGUAGAAACAUAUAUGAUUGCAUUAGAAAAUUCAUCUAAUUUUAAUUGACUGUCAAUUUAGUAGCUUUGUUCAUGUCAUUUUUAGGAGCUGUGGUUCUCAAGGAAUCUCCAUUGAAUACUAUUGAAAUGUUAUGGGUUAAUCUUAUUAUGGAUACUUUUGCUUCUUUAGCCUUAGCAACUGAACCUCCAAGCAUUACUGUACUUGAAAGAUAACCAUACAAAAGAGAUGAUAAAAUUGUGUCACCAACUAUGAAUAGAACAAUAGUAGGUGGAUCAAUUUAUUAAAUUUGUGUACUAUGUGGCAUAUUAUUUUUGCUUCCUUAAUAUAUGGAUUUAUCUAUGCCUGCAGAAUUAAUUGGAUAAAAAGUAAUCUACUUAUUAAUUUAUUUAGUUCCAUAAAAAUGUAGUCUAAAUGAGUAUUUUUUUUUAAACUUUUGUUGUUAUGCAAGUCUUUAACUCUAUUUCUUGCAGACAACUGGAUUACAAGACUAUAAAUCCAUUUGCAAAUGCUUGUAAUAACCCUUUGUUUUGGGGUGUCUAAACUUUUACGUUGAUUAUUUAAUGCGUGCUCAUCUAAUAUGGAGGUAAAUUUGUUAAGGUUUCUCAUUUAACUUUACAAUAACACCUCUUAUGUCUUGGAUUCGGUGUUGGCAGCAUCAUAUUCUCAAUUCUUGUAAAGAUUGCUGUCCCUGAACGUUGGUGUUAAUUUGUUGAGUUGUUUAGAGAAUCAGAAUUAUAAUCAGGAGAUAUGGAUACCUCCUUGACAAGUGUUCUUAGAAGGAAAUCAACUAACAGAUUGGGUAAUUCAAAAAGGAGUAUUGACUAGCAAGGCAGCUAGGGUAGAAUGAGUGCUUAAAGAAUGCAAUGA